AUGCGCCGCCUCCUCCGCCGCCGAAGCUUCAAUCCACCGCAGAGGAAAUGCCUACACGCGGCGUUCUCGACGACGGCCUCCUCCGCGACGGUGACGGCCGGGACCUGCGCUUACCGCCUGCUCGCGCUCCUCCGCGGCUGCGUCGCCCCAACCCACCUCCCGCUCGGCCUCCGAAUCCACGCCCGCGCCGUCACCUCCGGCCUCCUGGCGGUCGCCGACGGCCCCGCCGCGCUCCAGACGCGCCUCAUCGGCAUGUACGUCCUCACGCGCCGCUUCCGCGACGCCGUCGCGGUCUUCUCCUCGCUCCCGCGCGCCGCCGCCGCCGCGGCGCUGCCCUGGAACUGGAUCAUCCGCGGGCUCACCAUGGCCGGCCACCACCGCUUCGCUGUGCUCUUCUUCGUCAAGAUGUGGGCGCACCCCGCCGCGCCGCUCCCGGACGGCCACACCCUCCCCUACGUCGUCAAGUCCUGCGCCGCGCUCGGCGCGCUCUCCCUCGGCCGCCUCGUGCACCGCACCGCGCGGGACCUCGGGCUCGACCACGACAUGUACGUCGGGAGCGCGCUGAUCAAGAUGUAUGCUGACGCUGGCCUCCUGGGCGGCGCGCGCGAGGUGUUUGACGAAAUGGACGAGCGGGACUGCGUCCUCUGGAAUGUGAUGAUGGACGGGUACGUCAAGGCCGGUGACGUGGCCAGCGCAGUGGGGCUCUUCAAAUCCAUGAGAGCGUCCGGUUGCGAUCCCAACUUCGCAACUCUGGCGUGCUUUCUCUCUGUGUGUGCCGCCGAGGCUGACUUGAUGUCGGGUGUGCAGCUCCACACCCUGGCGGUGAAGUACGGGUUAGAACCGGCGGUGGCCGUGGCUAAUACGUUGGUGUCGAUGUACGGCAAAUGCCAGUGCUUGGAUGAUGCCUGGAGGCUGUUUGGUCUGAUGCCCAAGGACGACCUGGUAACCUGGAACGGGAUGAUAUCCGGGUGCGUUCAGAACGGGCUUGUCGACGAUGCACUGAGAUUGUUUUGCGAUAUGCAAAAGACUGGUAUUCAGCCUGAUUCAGUUACACUGGCAAGCUUGUUACCAGCUUUGACCGAUUUGAGUGGUUUUAAGCAGGGGAAGGAGAUGCAUGGCUACAUUGUCAGGAACUGCAUGCACGUGGAUGUCUUCUUGGUGAGUGCUCUGGUGGACAUAUAUUUCAAGUGCAGGGAUGUGAGGAUGGCACAGAAUGUCUUUGAUGCUACGAAGACCAUCGAUGUCGUUAUUGGUAGCACAAUGAUCUCGGGUUAUGUUCUUAACGGGAUGAGUGAAGCGGCGGUGAAAAUGUUCCGUUACCUAUUGGAACUGAGCAUCAAACCUAACGCUGUCGUGGUAGCUACCAUGUUGCCAGCAUGUGCUAGCAUGUCUGCUAUGAAGCUUGGUCAGGAGCUCCAUGGAUAUGUUCUAAAAAAUGCAUAUGAAGGAAAGUGUUAUCUGGAGAGCGCAUUAAUGGACAUGUAUGCAAAAUGUGGUAGGCUUGACCUUAGCCAUUAUAUCUUCUCUAAGAUGUCUGCUAAGGACGAGGUGACGUGGAACUCAAUGAUUUCAAGCUUUGCGCAGAAUGGGGAACCUGAAGCAGCUCUCGACCUGUUUCGUCAAAUGAGUAUGGAAGGAAUAGAGUACAAUAAUGUGACCAUAUCUUCCAUCCUAUCAGCAUGUGCAGGCUUACCAGCUAUAUAUUACGGAAAGGAGGUUCAUGGUAUUAUCAUAAAGGGCCCCAUAAGAGCGGAUGUGUUUGCUGAGAGUGCUCUCAUAGAUAUGUAUGGCAAGUGUGGGAACUUAGAAUUGGCUCUACGCGUUUUUAAAUUCAUGCCGGAGAAGAAUGAAGUGUCAUGGAAUAGUAUAAUCUCUGCCUAUGGGGCUCAUGGUCUUGUUAAAGAGUCAGUGAGUUUAUUAUCCCGUAUGCAAGAGGAAGGAUUCAAAGCAGAUCAUGUAACGUUCCUUGCUUUGAUAUCUGCUUGUGCUCAUGCUGGACAGGUUCAAGAAGGACUCCGGCUUUUUCGGUGCAUGACUGAGGAAUAUGAGAUUGCACCUCGAGUGGAACACUUAGCUUGCAUGGUUGACUUAUAUAGCCGGGCUGGGAAGUUGGAUAAAGCCAUGCAGUUUAUUGCUGACAUGCCUUUCAAGCCGGAUGCUGGUAUUUGGGGUGCUCUUCUCCAUGCUUGCCGUGUGCAUCGCAACGUUGAACUUGCAGAAAUUGCUUCCCAAGAACUAUUCAAGCUGGAUCCUCAUAAUUCUGGAUAUUAUGUGCUCAUGUCCAAUAUCAAUGCUGUUGCUGGACGAUGGGAUGGUGUGUCAAAAAUGAGAAGAUUGAUGAAGGAUAAGAAAGUUCAAAAGAUACCUGGUUACAGCUGGGUAGAUAUUAACAAUACCAGCCAUUUAUUUGUUGCAGCAGACAAAAGCCACCCUGAUUCUGAAGAUAUUUACAUGUCUUUGAAGAGCCUUCUUCUAGAAUUAAAACAUGAAGGUUACGUUCCCAGUCCAGACAUAUGUGAUACGACGCAACCAGACAACAUUGACCAGGUAAUGACAAUUUGAUUGCGAUGUUUCCGAAUGGAAGCUAUAUGAUGUGAUGGUGAUACAAUGAGAACUCCUUAUUGUACAAAUUAUUGCACAGAGCAAAGCAAGCUUCUGAUGCAGUACAAUUAACGUUUGAUGUUUCCAUGUGAAAAAGUGGUGAGUUAACUUGCUUGUACAUUUCUGCUAAUACAAAGAUACACACCAAGUGUGUGUUUGAGAAAAAAUAUGUGCACAGUAACUGAAACUUGCGUGUACAUUAACUGAAAAGAAUUAAGAAGCAGUAGCACCCAGCUCCUAUUUUUUUGUUUAUUUCU